AUGCAGGCGCUCGAAGAAUCCGAAACCAAUACUUCUAAUGCUGUUGGCGUUGGAAUUGGAAUUGCCCUGGACACAAAGGCAAACCUUGUAGAUAAAAAGGAGACGGCUGCUGCCAAAAGCAACACGGCUUUAGAGACGUCAGCCGUCAAAAAUGAGCUCGACGACGGUGGCCUCUCUGAGGAAGUCAACCAGGAAAAAGUGGCUGCGAGAGUAUCAUCAGAAACUGCCGGUAUUACUAAUAGUGUUGUUGGAGUUGGAAUUGCCAUCUUCGAGUCAGACUUGAUGGAAGAAAAGUCUGCUGCUUUUAAUAAGAACAAGGCGGAUGUAGAUGACGCAACCACCCGAGAUAAGAGCAGUGGUGAUAGUUUGACCAAGACGGAAGGAGACAAGUCACAACAGCGCGAUCACCACGAAGAUGAUGACCCCUCCCAACGAACAUCCAUAGGCCACGACCCGCUCCCGCAAUUGCUAGUCCCUGGAGCCCACGCAACGGGUGGAAAUCUCGAAGAUGGACGAGCUGGUUUGCGCGGCAGUGAACAUCAUGGUUCUACAUCUCACGACCCAUCGAUCCCGGUGGCCAAUCUCGUUCACGAGAAUGAACAAACAAACGUUGAUGAUUUGCCCAGGGCCACCCGUAUGACAACCCGCUUGAUGAAUGCCAAGGAUACAUGGCAUCGUGAAUUAAGGAUCCUGGCAAUGGGCGCCAUUGGUUUGCUAGUCGUCAUUAGUGUCAUUGUGGUGACGAUGUUGCUCGUCGGGGACCAGAACCCAGACAAUGAAGGCAUCGCAACACCCAUCACUGCCGUACCAUCCGAAGCUCCCACUGUCUCUAUCGCCAACUACUACUUGUCGUUACUCCCUGACUACUCAGUUCGCUCAGUUCAAGACGAUCCAGAGUCCCCACAAGCACAAGCGUUCGAGUGGUUAUUAGAGGAUGUCGACAGCCACAACAUUGUCUUUGAGGACUGGCGGAUACAUCAACGUUUUGCUCUGGCAAGCUUGUAUUAUGCCACCGGUGGUGACCAAUGGCAACAACGCGACAACUGGCUGAAUCAUACCGUCCACGAAUGUGCCUGGCACAGCGAGGUCCGAACUCUCAUCACGAAACAACUCCAGCCCAUGUGCAACCAAGCGGGCGUCAUUUUCAACUUGGGAUUGGCCCGCAACAAUUUGAGGAACACGCUGCCGCCCGAGCUGUUUUUGUUGACGUCCCUCCAAAGCUUGGGGCUGGAAUACAAUCGUCAACUGCAGGGCCCAAUUCCCGAACAAGUGGGAGAGCUUACAGCGCUGACAAGACUCUGGAUUCACAACACGCAGCAAGGUGGAACCAUUCCAUCACAAGUUGCGCGGUUGACAAACCUGCAAGCAAUAUCUCUGGCUGGCAAUGGUCAUACAGGAUCGCUGCCCAGUGAAUUUUCUUUGCUGACCAAUCUGCAUACCCUAGUGUUGGGCCAGAAUGAUCAGUUGACAGGCCCCGUGCUGACAACUCUCGUGUCUCUGCCGCAGCUCGGUAGGUUUUCGGUUGACAACAAUGAUCAUUCCGGAACCAUUCCAGAGGAGGUAGGCCAACUCUCCAACCUUCUAUGGCUUCUGUUGGCGGGAAAUCGAUUCCAUGGAACAGUUCCUUCCACUAUUGGGUUGCUUUCCAGUAAUAUGCUCGUGUUGUCCUUGAAUCGCAAUCAAUUCGAAGGGGUGAUCCCUACAGAAUUGGGUCUGUUGACCGCCAGUACGCUCCUGUCGUUGCACACUAACAACUUUUUGUCCACCCUGCCUUCAGAGCUGGGAAACCUAUCCAAUCUUAACCUAGCUCUGACACUCCAAAAAAAUCCACAGCUUGGAGGGACCUUGCCGACACAGCUGGGUCGCUUGACGGGGCUAUAUGCUUUGGACUUUCGGGAGAACAAUCAUACUGGAUCCAUUCCCAGUGAGCUUGGAUUGCUCACAUCCCUGGGAAAAUUAGACCUGUCCAACAACGGGCUUAUUGGUACGAUUCCAGAGGCACUCCAUACGCUGAAUCAGUCCCUAUAUUACUUGGAUGUCCAGGGCAAUGCCUUGUUGUCGGGCAGUGUUCCCCAAGCACUGUGCCAGAUCAAUGCCACCUGCAUUCCUAGCCAAUGGCGGGGACCCUGCAUUCCAGCCGAAGGCAUCCAUCUAGCCUUUGACAAGACAAGUUUGCAGUGUGCCUGUGACUGUCACAAUGAAACGGCCUGA